GGUUCCUGGGCCAAUGAGGAGCACGCGGUUUCCUUCUACGUUCCGCGCUCACGGCGCGCAACAACGCGAGAGCAUGUGUGGCCAGUAGAGCUCACUCAGACUGUGCACUGCAGUACAUGCGACUUAUCAACCGCCGCUGUGUUUUCAACCCGUGCCAGCGUCACAGAACGAGAAACCUUCACACACUGGUGUACAGCUUGGAGAGGAUUUCUCAGAUCUAGGGGACCUUGGCUCUGCAAUCAUCCUCAAGCGGAAAUACAGCUAGGGAAACACAGAAAUCAGUGCAGACUCAGUAUGUUAUGAGAGAGAAGGCUGUGGACCUAAAGAGAACUCUCUGAUAAGGCGACACUUCCCCUUCCAGCAAGCAGAAAACUUCAUGGUCCAUCGGCUCAAGACUUAGUAAUAUUUCCGGAUCACUGCCGGUUCGGCUGUGUUGUGAAUGAGAGCAGUAACAUUGCCUGGAGUGGUAACGCCCAUCUGACUCAUCUAACGACCAGCUCCUUCUCUCCGUAAGAAUCACAGAAAACGGGAAUCCAACUCGGUGGAGCAGCAGCCAGGCCAGGCCAGGCCAAACCCUUCACCAUGGAUGUGGACGAGGAAGAGAACAUGAGUUCGAGCAGCACCGAGGUUAAGGAAAACCGUAACCAUGACAACGUGUCCUCCAAAGAGGGCGGGGCCGGGGCCGAGCCGCUCUCCAACGGCAGCGGCGGGGGGGGCGGCGGCGGUGGCAGCCGCAAGCGCCCGCUGGAAGAGGGCAGCAACGGACACUCGCACUCCAAGUUCCGUGCCAAGAAGCGCAAGAAAACGCCGGGGCCCGUGCUUCCCAAGAACGCCCUGAUGCAGCUGAACGAGAUCAAGCCCGGCCUGCAGUACAAGCUGCUGUCCCAGACCGGCCCCGUGCACGCGCCCGUGUUCGUCAUGACGGUGGAGGUCAACGGACAGCUCUUCGAGGGCAUGGGCCCCACCAAGAAGAAGGCCAAGCUCAACGCGGCGGAGAAGGCGCUGCGCUCCUUCGUGCAGUUCCCCAAUGCCUCGGAGGCCCACCUGGCCAUGGGCCGCACGCUGACCGUCAACACGGACUUCACCUCGGACCAGGCGGACUUCCCCGACAUGCUGUUCAACGGCUUCGAGACGCCGGCGCCACCCGACGACGCCUUCUACCUGGGCUCCAACGGGAGCGGGCCCCUGAACUCGCUGGGGGAGUACCCCCUGCCCGUGCCCCCCGGCAGCGGCCUUGCCCAGGCGCCCCUGCCCCCGCCGUCGGUCUUCAGCUCGCCCACCAGCGGGAAGAACCCGGUGAUGAUCCUGAACGAGCUGCGGCCGGGACUCAAGUACGACUUUGUGUCGGAGAGCGGCGAGAGCCACGCCAAGAACUUUGUGAUGUCGGUGACGGUGGACGCGCAGACGUUCGAGGGCUCAGGGCGCAACAAAAAGCUGGCCAAGGCGCGGGCGGCGCAGGCCGUGCUGUCGGCGCUCUUCAACAUGCAGCUGGACCAGACGCCGUCCCGCCAGCCCAUCCCGCGCGAGGGGCUGCAGCUGCACCUCCCCCAGGUGCUCGCAGACGCCGUCUCCCGUCUGGUGGUGGAUAAGUUCAGUGAGCUGACAGAAAACUUCACCUCCCCUCACGCACGGCGGAAAGUCCUUGCGGGGGUCGUCAUGACAACAGGCACCGACGUGAAGGAGGCGCAGGUGAUCUGCGUUUCCACGGGAACCAAGUGCAUCAACGGCGAGUACAUGAGCGACCGCGGCCUGGCGCUCAACGACUGUCACGCUGAGAUCAUCGCCCGCCGCUCGCUAAUCAGAUACCUCUACGCCCAACUGGAGCACUUCCUGGGGAACAACAGGGAGGAGCACCAGAAGUCGAUAUUCCUGCGCUGUGACAAGCGUGGCUACCGUCUGAAGGACAACGUCCAGUUCCACCUGUACAUCAGCACCUCUCCCUGCGGAGACGCACGCAUAUUCUCCCCCCACGAGGCGGCAAUGGAAGACCAGGGCGACCGGCACCCCAACAGGAAGGCGCGGGGCCAGCUGAGGACCAAGAUCGAGUCUGGGGAGGGGACCAUCCCCGUGAGGUCCAGCAACACCAUCCAGACCUGGGACGGGGUGCUGCAGGGGGAGCGCCUGCUCACCAUGUCCUGCAGUGACAAGAUCGCACGGUGGAACGUGGUGGGGGUGCAGGGCUCCCUCAUGAGCUACUUCUCGGAGCCCAUCUACUUCUCCAGCAUCAUCCUGGGCAGCCUGUACCACGCCGACCACCUGUCCCGGGCCAUGUACCAGCGCAUCUCGGAGAUCGAGGAGCUGCCCACCCAGUUCAGCCUCAACAGACCCCUGCUCAGCGGCAUCAGCAAUGCGGAGGCGCGCCAGCCGGGCAAGGCCCCCAACUUCAGCGUGAACUGGGCGGUGGGCGACCAGGCCCUGGAGGUCAUCAACGCCACCACGGGGAAGGACGACGUGGGCCGCGCCUCCCGCCUCUGCAAACACGCCCUCUACAGCCGCUGGGUGCGCCUGCAUACCAAGCUGUCCUCCACGUUGAGGAUCAAGGUGUCCAAGCCGGGCUCGUACCACGAGGCCAAGCAGGCUGCGUCUGAGUACCACGACGCCAAGCAGGCUCUGAUCAAGGCCUUCCACAAGGCCGGCCUGGGGGCCUGGGUAAAGAAGCCCAUCGAACAGGACCAGUUCACCCUUACCUCCUGAGUCCCCUGGGCGUUGGGGAGCAGGGGGACCAGGGGAGAGGAUCUGAACCCCGCCCCUUCUGGAACUCACAAACUUGUCCUUCACACACACACACAAACACACAUGAAUACACGCUCAACCCACCACCACAAACCCACACCUCUUACCCAGGCCUGAAUGCGACCCCCCCCACCCCCUUCCCAUCGACCUGACCUGUGUGUGUGUGUGUGUGUGUGUGUGUGUGUGUGUGUUUUUGUGUGCGUGGGGAGAUGGGGUGCGUGUGUGUGGAUGUGGACUUCAUACACAUUGUAAAUAUGUGUGUGUAUGCGUGUUUUCAACAACGAUACCCCCUCCCCCAACCUCAUCUCGUUCUCAUUCCUCAUAGAACAUCCUCAAACGUCAUGCUGUUUUUUUUUAUCAUUGUUGUUUUGUUGUUUUAAAGAUUAUAGCUAUAAAUCGACUUAAAACUGGAAUUUAAAAAAUAUUGAGUUUUUUUUAUGACGUUUUUAUGAGAUAUUUCCUUAUUGCAUUCAUCACUCCUUGUUUUUUUAGUUUUUUUAAGUAAAGACAUUAUGUCUAUUGAGUGCGAAAUGUAGUUUUUACCGAGACAAAAACAGGCAGAUUUAUUAAGUACCUUUUAUUUUUUCAUUUUACUUUUAAUUUAAAAAUGAUGCGUACUUCUGAAGGAUGUAAAUCUAGUAGAAAAAGUUAAAUACUAUAAAACGUGUUUUAGUUGUGUUUUUUUCUUAGAGCCUUUAUUAAAAAGAAAGACCUGAUCCUAA